AUGACUGCUUCUUCUUUAGGCCGUUCCUCUAAAGUCGAUACUAUUUUUAUUUUAAUCUUUAGCUUCAUUUUCUGGAUUAGCUUACCUUUGUCCCAGUCACAGCUCAUCCACAAUGAUUUCCAACAACAAGUUCCUUCAGUUAAUACUGCAGACUCAUUCUUGCUAAGACCAUCCUUGAAAUUUUUUCGAGAUAGCAAACAAAAUAAUUCUACAUCACAGCCAUUUGGCAAAAAUAUUGUACUUACCAAACAGGAUAAAAUUGCACUAGCAAAAAUAAGCGAAAUAGCGGACAGCAUUUUGAAUCAGUUAGGGCUGUCAUCUGAUUUCAAUGGUCGAAGAUACAAGCCACUGGUGGCACCUAGCUCCUUUCAAAAUGAUGACAUAAAUUCGGUGAUAGCUGAAGCAAAUCAGAACCGUAUCGAUUUGCAAGGUAUUGCUAGUGGACAAAUUCCUGGUUUGGCUCCAAUACCAGUACCAGCUUUUCCUGGACCGCAGGAUGUGCCAGCUAUACCAGGCGUGAACACUAUUCCUGGUCUUAGCAAUUUCAACUAUCUGAUAAGCCAGUUAUUUCCACAAAUGAUCCCACCUACAAAUACACUUCUGGGUUCAUCGAUCAGCCGAUUAGUACCAAAAGGCUACGCUAAAAAUUUGGCAAAAGAUGUCUUUCGAGCUGUUCAUCCAGCUGCUGAGAAUGUCGAUGUCGCCCGCAUGACGGGUCGUUGGUUCCAAGUAAUCAACAGUCCCCAUGUUAUCCGUGAAGCAUGCACAGUGUCGCACUUUGGUGCGCUAACGAACAAUACAUAUAGCGCGACCUUUACAAUCCUGAAGUUUUAUCGUGAAGGGAAUGCCAAUGGCCCACCACGUUUCUCACUUGGUUACGGAUUCAAAUCAGGUGAUACUGGGCAGUUCGUUCUGCACAAUAGCAAUUCGCCGGAUUCGGAACCAUUUUGGAUAAUAAAAAAGGGACCAUUAAACGAAUACAACCAGUAUGAUUAUGUGAUUGUAUCGAACUGGGUCCGAUUUCCUGUAUUUGUGAUUGCUAGAGACCCAGAAAGAUUUCGCAGCGAACACAUGCAGAAUGUAUUGCAAUUUUUGGAAGAUAAUAAUUAUAUAAACGUGAUGACAAAAGCUUUCAACAUGAUCUCUCCCGUGGAUUACAGCCAGUGUCAGUACACGCCAACAUUUUCUGGAGCAGGGCGUUAG